AUGGUUGUCGGCGCCAGGACGUGCUUCCCGCUGGCCGGGGGGCUGAUCCUCGGCAUUUGCAUGUCGAUAAUUCUCUUUCCUCCGGAAGGAUUGGAGCCGAAAUGCAAGACCGACACUCAAGCCAACGAGCCGAUCGACUCUAGUGAAUUCUGGAAGGUCCGUUUGGAGCAGCCACCACCAGUCACAAAAAGCCAGGAUCCACAGCCAAAGGUGGUGAGGGCACGAUUCGCUGCAACUGAGCUGGGAACUCGCGAGCGGCUAGCCGUGCUGAUUCUAGCUGAAUCUACACUUUCGGUUUCAUUGAAUGCUUCAUUGGCGCGGCACGUUGAGCGGGUACACGUCUUUGCUGAUGCUUCUCGUGUUGAUUCCGAGCUGUCUGGAUUCGCCAAUCUGUCCCCAUACCGAACGGAAGGCCAACACUCUCAUGCGCCGAUUCUGCAAGCCAUCCAAAACUUGUCGCUGCACGAGAAGUACGACUGGUUCCUGUUGGUCAAAGAUUCUACCUACGUCAACCCGUUUCACCUGUAUCGUUUCUUGAAUCAGGUUAACUGGAAUGAACCGGUGCUGAUUGGCUCGCCAACAGAUAGUGGAAGCUGUCAACUUGAUGCCGCAGUUUUGCUGUCGUUCCCCGCAAUGAAACGAUUGAUAGAUAACCGAAUACGGUGCCGGCCAAUUGAUACAACCCUGAGUGAUGACGCCGCUUUCUCAAUGUGUAUUCAAGCAGCAACCAAUUUGAACUGUCAAGAGAGCCUGAAGGAUGUCCCUUUCAACGUUUGGCGAACCCCAUCCACCAUGGCUCCUCACGAUGCUGUAGCAACCUGGAAGAAUGAUGAACGGUUUAACGAAUCGAUCACAGUGACUCAUUUGCUGUCUCAAACUGACGCACGGGCCCUCCACGAUCACUUUGUCCGGGUCGAAAUGGACCUAAUGUCGACAGACAUCUCGGCACUGACUAAUGAAGUUGGACAGCUGUUCGAAGAUACGUCAGAUGGACCUUCAUGGCCGGUUGCUGUACCAAAAUACUCGACACCUCCAAACAGAUAUCAAGUUGCCACAUGGGAAUUCUUCACGUUGAAGGACAUCUUUCUCAACGAACCCAAUCAGAAUGUCCGCCCAUUGGAGGGGAAGAACAAAGAAGACGUGGACGAGGUUGUCGCUGCCGCCCGAUCUUACGUUGAGAAUUCGGCUAGCGGUGAUCAGCUUGAAUACCUACAUAUGAGAAAUGGCUACAGACUCUUUGACCCCGUUCGCGGAAUGGACUACGUGAUCGAUUUGGUGUACAAGGAGCUGGAUCGCAGUGAUGACAAUCUUGUUUCCAAGAGGAUUCAUCUCUCGCGGCCGAUCGCCUCUACCCAAUUGGUGCAACAAGUGCCCUACGUGAAAGAAGAUACUGAUAUUGUCAUCGUGGUGCCGAUCCAAAGCGAAGAAGAGGUAUUGCCCGCUCGACGCUUAUUGGCUAGGCACGCUCGACUCUGCGUGGCACCUGUUGAAGAGACACGCAAGACUCGGCUCGUCAUUAUUAGCGGUGAAGGAGUCGACCAGCGCAGCUACAGCUACAUUAACAACGACAUUGAAGAGUUGAAGCGGCGUUGUCAACGCAGCUCGCUUGAAGCAGUCCAAUUGCCAUCCAAAACAAAGGAACCGUUCGCUGCCCAUGCCCUGGACGUGGCUGUUGAUCAUUUUGGCUCUGCCAGCAUUUUCCUCGUCCUAUCACCAUACGCCGAUGUCCAAAAAGAAUUUUUCGAUCGCACCCGCAUCAACACGAUUAAAAAGUAUCAGGUGUUCUUCCCGAUACCGUUCGUCGAAUACCAUCCAACGAUUUCGGGAAUGGAUAUCGGAGACAACGAAAUCCAUCAUUCCAAUGACGAGGCUAGAGAUGCGGCUUUUGCUCGACUUCGUGAGGCCACCCCUCCAAAGCGCAAGAAGCCAUUGCUCGUACAGAAGGAACACGGCCGUUUCGACUCCCUCGAUUUCACCGUGUUCUCUGUGUACGGCGAAGACUAUGUACAGUUCAGGGAUAAACUGGAGGCGAAUCGCAUGGACCUUGUGACGUUAUUCUUGAGCCAAAAGGACGUUCACAUCCUCCGUGCUAUUGAGCCAACCCUGAGACUCCGGUACCAUGCUCGCGCUUGCCCGACAGAAUUGGCUGAAGAAGAUUUUGCUCGUUGUGUGGCCAGCCGUCGCGAGAAUGUGGCAGGCAAGGAUCAGCUUGCCAGGCUACUCUUCCACGAUCAC